AUGGGGCAUUCAAACUCGACCUUCCACAAGGAACUAUCGAUCAAGGAGUUGUCAAAGCAGUUUCAAGACCAUGCGAAGUCAAACGGACGCGCGGUGCUCAUUCUGGGUGGUGGCGGCUACAUCGAGCUCAUGGUGGGCCGUGAAGGUGUCGCCGUCGCACGCUGGCUCGCUUCUCUCGGUUUCGAGGCCUUUGUACUUGUGCACCGAUUCCCGACAGCAGAAACAGGACCCCAAGCCCCUGUCGACGAUGCCAGACAGGCGUUGCGUCUGAUCGAAGAGAAGGCGGCGCCAGCGAGGUUAGCGUUGUGCGGUCUCUCCUCCGGCGGCCACCUUGCGUCCGCGCUGCUGGCCGAGUACCCGGCUUCGUGGGCGUCUUCUUCCGGGGCACCGGUGCCGAAGCCGGAGUUCGCCAUCAUUGGAUACGGACCUAUCUCUACCAAUGCCAAGGGGCACACCAUAAUUCCCAAUAAGGCACCCCUCGAGCCGCCGGCGAAGCAGGAGCUUUACGAUGUUGUCAUCCCCGAUCAGCAAAUUUCGCGCCCGGCACCGCCAACCUUUAUUGUGUAUUCUGCCAGCGAUCCCGUGGUGCCUGUGGUGAACGCAUACCGGCUUGCGCAGGGGUUGCAGGCAGCGGAGGGGUCUGUCGAGCUCCACGUUUUUGCUGACGCGCCCCACGGCUUCGCUUUGGACACUGAAGGGUUGCCGGUCUCAAAAUGGCCCUCAAUGGCCGAGGAGUGGUUACGGCAGAGAGGAUAUCUGGCAUAUAUAUUUGAGAAGUAG